AUGCCCCGACGUGCCCGGAACCAGAAGCCGCUUAGUGUACACGAGGCUUUGCAGAAAAUCAGAGAUUGCUACCACCACCUCAAACGAAUCGCGCGAAUUGACAAGUCUCAAUCUCAGCAAAUACAAGAUGCUAUCAAAAUUCUUGACGAGUUGCAAGAAUCCACCAAACGCCAGAAAUACAAGCUGUUCCUGGAGAGUUUGCUUGAGCAUAAUGAGCAUGAUGAGGAUGACGAUGGCGCCGCCGGUCCUGUCCUUGUCAUGCUGUGUGCUAUAGCUUUAGGCCAAGCGAGGAUCGCACAUAUGAACAAACUCACCCGUUCUACACUCCACUCUCAGAUCAAGGAUCUUUCCAAAGAGUUUGACAGUCUGUUAUUACGAUCACUAGCUUCCGAGGAAGGACUUUCUUCUAGGAAUGAUCCGAAUUUUCCACAUGAAAUCGUUGAACAGGCACCUGAAAACAAGCACGAUGACGAACUGGAACAAGCACAAAUAAUGGACAAUGGAAGGCAAAUUCGAUAUAUGUUGACAGGAGCUCCAAUCAGUCACAUAUCCCUCUUGAGCUCGCUCAUUCCAGAUGCCGUGCAAACUAGUCGUCUGUGGAUGACAGAGAGACAGGCAGGCGAGCCUAGAACCGGAUGCGUGACGACAAUGAUCCCUCGGGAUGAGAAUGCAGAUAUCUCUAUCACCUUGCGUCAAAGUAACAUGAGCGCCAAUCACUUUGACCCUGUGCUUAGGAGGGACCAAAAUUUUGGCAUUCUUCGUAACAUCGUCUUUCCCACGGCCUUCCAACCAUCGCUCUUCGUCGCUGGCUUCAAAAAUGUGGGCGACUAUAAACUCCUCUUUUCCACCGAGGGCAUCGCUCCCAACGGGUAUUUUGCUGGGAUUCGACAUCUGAACAAUAAAAUUGUGGCGAAAUCGGACUACCAGGAGCUGCGAAUAAAUGUUGUCAGCACAGCAAAGAAAGCCGCGAUGUGGAUGGCAAUAUGGAGCAAUAUGGAUGGUAAUGUGGAUGGUAAUGUGGAUGGUAAUGUGGAUGGUAAUGUGGAUGGUAAUGUGGAUGGUAAUGUGGAUGGUAAUGUCGAUGGUAAUGUGGAUGGUAAUGUGGAUGGUAAUGUGGAUGGUAAUGUGGAUGGUAAUGUGGAUGGUAAUAUCGACCUUAGAGUAAUUCAGUGA